AUGGUAACUUUAUAUUCGGUCUUUACUAGGAUUGCAGUACCAAUUUUGGCAGUGCCACUAGUAAAAGGUCUAGAAAUAUCCACAAAUACAGUAUUAGAUGGUAAUGUUCCAGCCAAUGAGGCUGUUACCAUAAAUUCAGGUGCAUAUCUCGCUUUAAUUCAUGGGAUAACUCAAUCUAUAAGUGGAGAUUUGAAGGUUGAUGGAUCAUUGUUUAUUGGGGAUACAAAUUCCGCUGAUCCAGGUAUGAAAGUUACUCUCGGUAACAUUGAUAAUUCUGGUACUAUUGUUAUUGAUAAUCGGAAUGCUACAACUGGUUCAACUUUGAAUAUUGGUGGGUCCACAUUUGAAAAUGAUGGUUAUAUGUAUGUUGCAGGGUCAUCUACUGGAAUUGUUAACAGCUGGAAUAUUCAACCUGUUGAUUCUAUUGUUAAUAAAGGUACAAUGCAAUUCAGCCAAGAUAAACCUGGUGGGCUUCCAGAAGUUGUUCUUAUUGCUAAUUCUAUUAUAAAUGAUGGGACAAUUUGUUUGAAAAAUGCAAAAUCACGUCUUCAAGCUCAGAUUGACGGGAAUGGGUGCAUUAAUGUAGGUGAUAAUGCUAUGUUUGUCAUCAAAGAGAGGCAGUAUGGUGUUUUAGGUAAUCAAACCUUGUACAUGUCUUCCAACACAUCUGUAGUUUAUGCAGGUAGUGCUGCUCUAACUGACAAUAUUCACGUUGCUGGCUUUGGUAAUGGUAACUUCUUGACAUUUAGAACUUCUAUCACAGGGUGGAACUACGAUGCAAACACCGGUAUUUUAUCUGUCAAUCUUUUUAUUUUCAUUAAUCAUCAGUUCAAUAUCGGGAAAGGAUACAACCCAGAUUUAUUUCAAAUGAGAAGUAUCACAAAUAAUGUUACUCCAGAUUUAGUCAAUAACGCCCUUGUUUAUGAGGGAGUUCCUCCAGAUAUAAGUAGACCAAGUGCAUGUGCACCAUGUCAAACAAUACCAUGGAUUCCUUUUCCAUUAGAAGUCCCUCCACCUUACACAACAACAGUUACACAAUCAAACUCAACAAUUAGGGAACUUGUAUCAUUUUAUUCUACUCUUUCAGGUACGGCAACAGUUAUCGCAUCUUCCAUUUAUACAUUACCACCUCUAAUAACUGAGCCAGUCACAUAUACUAAGACAGUUACAGCCAAUGGAACAACGAUUACACAGGUUGUAACUUCUUUUCCGAAUACGAUUACAAGCAGUAGCAAUACUAUUUCCUUAAUCACCUCUUCGGCUCAAUUAGCUCUAACUAGUUCAGAGCCUUCCACCUCAGAUGAAGACAUUAUGCCACCACCAUUUACAACAAUUUUAAUUACCGGCUCCACUACGGAGACGGUAAUCAUCUCCUAUUUUACAACCACUGAUUCCCAAGGAGAUCCAUCAGCAGGGUUCACAAGAUAUCCGGUUCCUGUUUCGUCAUUACCAAGCCCUUAUACCACUACACUUAUCUCAGGUUCUUCUUCUGAAACUGACAUUGUUUCCUUCUACACCACUACUGACUCUUCUGGAAAGGCAGCAAUCGGUACUACCACAUACCCUGUUCCAGUGACCUCUGUCCCAGCUCCAUACACCACCACUGUUGUUUCUGGAUCACACACCGAGACCGAUAUUGUUUCCUUCUACACCACUACUGAUGCUUCUGGACAUGCAGCAAUCGGUACUACCACAUAUCCAGCCCCAGUGACCUCUGUCCCAGCUCCAUACACCACCACUGUUGUUUCUGGAUCUUACACUGAGACCGACAUUGUGUCAUUCUACACCACUACUAAUGCCAAUGGGGCUGCAGUUGUCGCCACCACUACUUAUGCAUUGACAACAGCACACACGAGCUAUCCAAACUGGAAUAUGACUAAACCUUCGCUAAGCAAUUCGAUUAACAGUAAUGCUUUUAUUACAGUAACAAUAUCGACUGAUAAGACAACAAUCGUAUCUGUUCAAAGUUGUCCAGGUGGAGUUUGUAGUUUCAGUGUAGAUAGUUCAAAAAUCAUCGUUAGCGAAGUGUCUAACGCGGCCACUAACAUUGUGAAAUCUGGAAGUGGAACAGGAAACAUUGCCUCCGUAUCGAAUCCUAUUGUUACUGAAUACCCCACCUCUUUAGGAGAUGAGACAAGCACUUCAACACUUAGGAAAACUAUUACAGAAAAGAAGACAUCAGUAAGUGCAUCAGAUGUUCAAGAUAGUGGCACAGCUCUGCAUAGCCCUGAGAUAUCCACCUACGCAGGUUCUGGUUCAAGAUAUUUAAUGAACAAUUUCGUCGUAUAUUUUGUAGGCUUGUUGUUCUUAGGGCUAGUUUGA